UUCAUCUAAAUGACAACCGAAGGAGCCUCUUGUUACUGUCGAAUCUUUCUUUUCUUUAUCUUUAUCUUAAUCAUGCAUUGUCAAAUCAAAAGCAUUAGAAAAAGACUUCAAGAAAAGGACGUCACAUGUCGGUGGAGUAAGGAAGGCAACUGGGGAAUGUCAGGUUCUGAGAUUUGAAGUUGUUGUGACAACCUUAAAAUUGUUCACAAUCUAUGAAGCAGCAUUUGCAUAUUCCUGUAUUCUUGAAAAGAAAAUGAAAAACCAAGGAAUUGCUUCCUGGUCGCCAUUUCUGAUUGUUUUGAUUCAUAUUUGUGUAUGUAUCUGUACAAGUUUUGUAUACACAGAAGGGUUUGAUUCUCUCUUACAGCUUCCACAAUCUGAGUUGUUGGCAAAUACCCGACCCAGAUCCAAAAGGGUUUUCUUUGUUGGUGAUUUUGGUGCUAAAGGAGACGGUUUUAGUAAUGAUACAAAGGCUUUUAUUGAUGCUUGGAGAAUGGCUUGUUCUUGCCCAGCAAGAACCAGAAUUAUAAUACCAGCUGGAUUUAUUUUUCUGGUCCAUCCUGUUGAUUUGGCUGGCCCUUGUAAAUCUAGAAUCACUCUUAUUAUAUCCGGUACCAUUACUGCGCCCAAAGAUCCUGCUCAUUGGAAAGGUCUAAAUCCUCGUAAAUGGCUGUACUUCCAUGGGGUAAACCACCUCACAAUAGAUGGGGGAGGAACUAUCAAUGGCAUGGGAAGAGGAUGGUGGGCUCGUUCUUGCAAGAUCAACCCCGUAUAUCCAUGUCGACAUGCACCUACGGCCAUUACCUUUCACAAGUGCAAGAAUUUGAAAGUUAGGAACCUUAGCGUGGUCCAUGGUCAACAAAUGCACAUAUCAUUCACAAAUUGUAUCCGAGUUAUGGCAUUCCAUCUUGUAGUGAUAUCGCCUUCUUUUAGCCCAAACACUGAUGGGAUUCACAUCAGUGCAUCCCGUGGUGUGGAGGUCAGAGAUAGCAUAGUCAGGACAGGAGAUGACUGCAUCUCUAUUGUCAGCAACUCUUCACGGAUCAAAAUCAAGAACUUUGCUUGUGGACCAGGCCAUGGCAUAAGCAUCGGGAGCUUGGGAAAAUACAACUCUUCAUCAAGAGUCUAUGAUAUAAUGGUAGAUGGGGCAUUCCUGUCCAACACUGAUAAUGGGGUCCGGAUCAAAACGUGGCAGGGAGGAAGCGGUAAUGCUACUGAGAUUAGGUUUCAGAAUGUGUUCAUGGAAAACGUAUCAAAUCCAAUUAUAAUAGAUCAAUAUUAUUGUGAUUCACCAAUUUCAUGUGCAAAUCAGACUUCAGCUGUUAAAGUCGCAAAUAUAUCAUUUGUGCACAUCAAAGGAACUUCAGCUACAGAGAAUGCCAUAAAAUUUGCUUGCAGUGAUUACUCACCAUGUGAAGGAUUAUAUUUAGAAGAUAUUCAACUGGUAUCACACACUGGGGACAUCUCAAAAUCUUUUUGUUGGGAAGCAUAUGGCUCAAGUUUGGAUCCAGUCUAUCCCCCUCCUUGCUUCUCAUCUAGUGAAAGCUUCAUUGAGCAGAAAGUUCUUUCUGAUUCCCUUCAAUUUUUCUGACAACAGGCUGCUUCAGUUGAAUUGAUCGUGUGAAAGUCCCAAGCAGGAGAAUUUGGUCCAGGAAUUUUGUCAAACCCAAUUCUUUUUCAACAGGAUGUCUAAGGCACCCCAUAGCAUGGUUUAUGAAUGAUCAUCCCAUGGCGAAGAUUAACUUAUUUUUAGGAACUAUUCUUGUAUUUAUUUUCUUGUAUAUGCUUAAGCUGAGCUAUUCUUGUAUAGAUGCCUUUUCUUAUUUGGUAUUAGAUGAUUUAGAGCAUCGCAUAGGAAAUGGCGAAAUGGUGUAAAUGGUAGAGACGUGGAAGACAAGCUGGCAUGGACCUUGAGCUUGUGAGAAGUAAUCAAUUUCAUUAAUAUUAGCAGCCUUUUGCUUGUUAA